AUGGCUUCAAGUAAAGAUUACAAGGCCCCGCCAACGUUAAGUAAAGCUAGAGAUGCAGUUCUUGAAAUGAACAUUGGGACUCUUAAUGCAGAUAAUGGUGUUGACGAAGUAAUAGAAACUCUUGACAGCUUAUUUAAAAAAGACACGUUACAAUUAGCUUUUACUAACUAUGAUAAUUUUGAAAAAAUGUUCAAAACUAAAGAAAUGACAAUGAAACAAUAUGUAAUUGAGUUUGAACGCUUACACAACAAAGCUAAGCAAUAUGGCAUGGAAUUACCGGAUGGAAUUUUAGCAUAUAAACUUUUGGCAAACGCAAGACUACCUGAGGAACAAGAACGACUGGUAAAAGCAACUAUUACUGAACUCACAUUUUCCGGAAUGAAAAAUCAACUGAAGAGGAUCUUUGGUGAUAUAGUUAAACAGGAUAGAGUCAAUGUAAAUGAUUUUAAGUUAGAACCGACUUAUCAUGGCAGUCAUCAGUAUUUUAGAGGAAGAGGAAGAUACUUUAGAGGUGCGACCAACUACACAAGACCUACUGCCGACAGAAAUAGUAAAGGUAAUCGUCAAAGAAAUCCUGUGGAUAUAAAUGGAGAAAUAUCGAGAUGUAACAUUUGUGGAUCUGUGUUUCAUUGGCAAAGAGAUUGCCCAGACUCAUACGAAAAUAGAAAGAAAAAGAAAAAGAAAGAGGAAGUGAAUGUAACAUUGUAUACAGAGGUAAUGUAUGUAUUUAUGGGUGAAACAUUAAGCGCUGCUGUUCUGGAUUCAGGCUGUUCACAAACUGUUUGUGGAGAAAGUUGGCUGAAAGAAUAUUUAGAGACAUUGGGUGAUAAUGAACUUAAUCAUGUCACAGAGUCACAAAGUAAUACAAUAUUUAGGUUUGGAGAUGGAAAUGAAAUGAGAUCUAUUAAACAAAUGAAAUUGCCAGCCAGAAUUGGAGAUACUAAUAUCAAUAUCGUAGCAGAUGUUGUGAAAGGAGAUUUGUCACUACCUUUUAGUAAAGAUGCCAUGAAGAAAGCAGGCACAAAAAUAGAUUUUUCAAAGGACACAAUAGAAAUUCUGGGAAUGAAGCAAAAGGUGUUUCUCACAUCCUCAGGACACUAUUGUAUCCCUUUAGGCAAAAGAAUAUUUGAAUUUGAUGAUAUUUCAAGUGUGGAUGCGGAAGAAAUAGUUCUGUAUUCAAAGAGUUUCGCUAUGAAAUAUGAAACCGAAAGAAUAAAAGACAUUGUUAAACUUCAUAAACAAUUUAGUCAUCCGCCACCAGAACGUUUAAAUAAGUUACUUCGGGAUGCAGGUGUUGAGGAUAAGAAGUUACAUACAUUGAUUGACCAUAUAUCACAGAAAUGCGAGACAUGUUUCAAGUACAAGAAACUAUCCCCAAGACCUAUGGUGGGUUUGCGUAUGUCCAAUGACUUUAAUGACUUUGUAGCAAUGGACCUAAAAGAGUGGACAGAUGGCAAUACAAAAACAUGUUUUUUACAUUUAAUUGAUACUUUUACGAAGUAUAGUGCUGCUACUGUCAUACAUAGAAAACGAAAAGAAGUGAUUUUCAAAAAGAUAUUUGAAAUCUGGAUAGGAACAUUUGGCUGUGCAGGGAAGUUCAUGGUUGACAAUGGCGGGGAGUUCGAUAACAGUGAAUUCAUUGAUUUCUGUGAAAAAUUUAACAUUAGGAACCCCAAUAUACCAUGCAUAUUGACAAAUAAGCCACCUGCAAUGGAAAGUAAAACUGCUAGUCAAGUAGUAGCGAAAAAUUUAAAUGCUAUGCAUGCAGCAAGACGGGCAUAUAUCGAAAACGAGUCAUCAGAAAAGAUACGACGAGCUUUGAGACAUCAAAUUAGACCUUCUGGAAAUGUGAAAUACAUGAAUGGUACAGUUAUAGGUUUUGAAAGUCAGCAAGUUUUGGUAAAACAUGGAAGUCGACACAUUCGUGUGCAUCCAUGCAAUUUAAUGCAUGAGAAAGGUCAAGAGAGAAUAGUUUCUGAUGACACACCGAAACCUGAAACAAACACAGAACAGUUUAUGAAACAUCUUGCACCAGAAGAUGAUGAUGUAUACAGUGAAAAUGAUGAGGAUGAUGUAGAUGCUGUUACACUGGAAGAGGACAAUGUACACUUUGAAGAUACUGAAAAUACUAUUAAAGAAGAAGAAAUGAGGAGAAAUGAUGAUGACUUUGAUAGUAUAAAUCCUAUUGAUGAAGUAAGCAAAUUAGAAAAUGUGGAACACAAUAAAGAUGUAAGCGAACAGCAGAAUGUCAAUGCUAACAGUGAAAAUGAUGAUGCUGAAAAUGAUGUUGUUAAAUUAAAACCAAAGAUGAAAAUACGCAUUGCAACAAAUGAAGAUUUGCAAUUGAAAGAAGUUGAAGUAAUUUCAAGAGCUGGAAAAGUUGGAAAGGCUCAGGGAGGAAAAUAUAAAGAUUUUUGGAAUGUUCGCCAUAAAGAUGGCUCUACAGAAUAUAUUGAUAUGAAAAAGGGAAUAUCAAAAAUAGAAAGAAUAAAUAAAGAAAUUAGUCCAUCAAAUAGUGAAGAGAUACUGUUAGUUGACAGCACAGAGACUGAAUUAAUUAAGCAAGCAAAAACAAAUGAGCUGAAAAAUUGGAUCAAAAACAAUGUUUAUGAAAAGGUUCCAGUGUCUAAGCAAUCAUUGAUAUCGACGAGAUGGGUGAUUACCAAGAAAUGUGACCAGUCUGGUUGGCCAAAUUUAAAGCAAGAUUCUCCGACCUGCUGCAAAGAGUCACUUAGGAUUAUGUUUGCUAUUAUGUCUGUCAUGAAUUGGACAUGCCAUUCUAUUGACAUUAAAGCAGCAUUUCUUCAAGGAAAGCCUAUUGACAGAGAAUUGUAUAUACGUCCACCCAAGGAAGCCUACAAAGAGGGAACAGUAUGGAAAUUAAAGACAUGUGUUUAUGGAUUAAACGAUGCUUCAAGGACUUGGUAUCUUAAGGUUUAUGAAGAACUUACCAAAUUGAAUGUUAAAGUAUGUAAAUAUAACCCUGGUUUAUUUUAUUGGCACCACAAUGGUAAACUAGCAGGUAUUAUUUCUACACAUGUUGAUGAUUUUUGUUGGGGAGGGAGCGAAUAUUUUGAGAGAGAGGUUAUUGAAGAGAUAAGAAAAAUCUUUCAAGUUGGUGUAGAAAAAUCAGUUGCGUUCAAAUACCUUGGUAUAAACCUCAGUUGUAAAGAUAACGAGAUAAUGUUAGAUCAGAUAUCAUAUAUUGAUGCUUCGUAUGGGAAUUUGAGUGAUGGAGGUUCACAAGGCGGUUAUGUUAUCUUCCUAAGUAACAAAGAUAAGUCAAUUACCAUCCCCUUAGCUUGGCAGUCAAAAAGAGUUAGACGAGUUGUCAAAAGUACACUAUCAGGAGAAACUUUAGCUCUUAUAGAAGCUGCAGAAUCGUCAUACUGGUUAUCGAGUAUUAUUCGAGAUGUUGUCUUUGAUGGCAAAGGGCUCCAGAUUGCGAUGGAAUGUUAUACGGAUUGCAAGUCUUUGGUAGAUGCUGCACAUUACAGUAAAGGUAUUUUGCACAGAAGAUUAAGAGUCGACAUGCUAUCUUGA